AUGGAUUCCAGCAGCAAUGUCGGUAUGGACAUGAGUGGUGUCUUCGGACCUAUAUACUGGGGGACCGUAAUAUCUCUGGUGUUGGGUGGAAUAACCGCGCUUCAAGCAUAUAACUAUUUCCCCCGCCAUUCAGACCGCCUCAUCAUCCAACUUGUUGCGGGAGCUAUGGUAGUCUUUGACUUUGUAUCAUCAGCACUUGUCGUUCAAUCCGUGUAUUACUACUUGGUUCCGCACUUCGGAUCGCUAUCUCCCCUUGCCAGCAUAACGCCAGAGCUUUCUGCUGAAUGCCUGCUAUCAACCAUAAUCACGUUCAUUUCACAACUGUAUUUUGUCGCCCAACUAUAUGCUGUCACCAAAACUGGUAGAGGAAGUUGGAUGGUCCCAGUAUCGGUGGCUGUUUGUGCCGUCCUUGCAUUUGUUUUCGGAGUCGCGUGCACGAGCGUGAUGUUUGUAUAUGAUCACCACGUUCUGGGGGAGCGUCAUCACAACUUCUCAGUAAGUAAUCAUCGGGAUAUAUUCUUUGGCCUAGCAAAGGGAUUUGGUGCGCUCACCGAUAUCAUCGCAACUAUCGCGAUGUGCAUCUUGCUCUCCGGCGCAAAGACUGGCAUCCAACAGACAAACGGUCUCUUGAAAUCAUUGAUCCAUUACGUUGUUCACCGAGGCGUGCUAGUCACCCUCAUUCAAACGUUACUCCUCAUCACGUUCUAUGCGGCCCCCUCGCGCCUCUAUUGGCUCGCCUUCCAUGUCAAUGUCACCAAGCUCUACGCUAAUACUUUCUGUGAGCUGAAUUCACGCGACCAGCUUAAGCAGAAGCAUGCCCACACCGUCAGCACAAGCUAUGCCACCUAUUCCAAAGGCCGGUACGCAUCUAACAACGCCACUCAUGACAAAGAUACGGAGACACAGACUGCUGAGGAGGAAGGGAAAAACUUUCCAAUGAACGGGAUGCCCACAGUGACCAAAACCGUGCUCAUAUCCGACUUCUGA